GAUCUUCAAACGAUUUAACGAGCAAACUAUCGAAUACAAAAUUAUUCCUCCUCCGUUAAGGCUGCAAAAUCCUUCCCAUUGCCUUAAUCUCACUGCUUUCCUUUAUCGAAUGCAGCGUACGCGUCCAUGUCCUCGUUUGUCUGGAAAGCCAACUUGCGUGUGUCGCAACGUUGGAAACCCGCCAGGAUGUGGCAAUGCAAAUCAGACGCCAGAUUAAUGCAACAUCCCGUCGUUUCUGCAUGGCAUUGCAUUACAUUGCAUACGUUUGCUGUUUUUUCGGGACAGUUUCCAUCGCCAUUGAGAGUGAUGCCGUCUGGCCGAAACAAAAAGUGGGCCAUUGACAGCCUACGGAUGAUGUUACACAACAAGGGAUGAUUUGUUCGAGAACCGCAAAGGAGAAAGCAAAAUGUUGUUUUUUUAGUACAGAUGGACGAAUGUUUUGUACUAAACGAGCAUCAUGAAUGAUUCUGGCAAAAUCACGUAAUGAGAUUUAUAUUUUAAAACAUUUCACAGCUAUCGAAGGUGAGCUAAACUUGGCGCCAAAACGUUGUAAACCAGUUUUACAAACCUUCCUCCAAAAGAUGGAAACUUGUUUGGCUUGUUUUUUUAAUUGUAUACAGAAACUGCAACCUUGAAAGAAAGCAGUAUUGCCAUGAGGAGACCUCUGAAUUUCGAUAUUCAUGUUCAAGGAGAAAGGUAUAUAUAUCUCAGGAACACAGGAAACAAGCCCCAAAAUGUUCAAAAGUAAAAGAUUAUGGUGGAGAAAGUAACCACAGGGACAGUAUAAAAGCGUUCAACUUCAUCAGUUUUCGUUUUAGUGCAAUCUAAACGAACAACUGACGCAGAUCGUGUUUUGAAAUGGUGGAAAAGUUCAAACCAUUCUUAAAAGAUGUUCCUUUUUCGCUGCUGUUAACACUGUUGGUGAUCAUCUGUGUAGAAGAAGUAAAACCAUUCCAAACUGAACCUACUGUGUGCAUUAAAGAUGGGUGCUUGCGAGGCACAGUCUUGCAGAACAGUGUCGGUGUCUCUUAUCCCGCGUUUCUGGGCAUUCCGUUCGCGAAACCUCCUAUCGGGAAGCUGCGGUUUGCGAAUCCACAACCAAACGAUCCAUGGACGGGAAAGUACGAUGCAACAAAGGCAAAGGAUGCAUGCAUCCAGAUGAUAACACUCGUGCCAAUGGCUCCCCUGUUUGGGAAGGAGGACUGCCUUUACAUAAACGUUUUCGUACCGGCCUUAGAAGUACGUGAUGCAGGACUACUGCCGGUUAUGGUUUACAUCCACGGUGGUGGAUUUUUGUAUGGUUCAGCUCAAACGGAACAGCGUGAUCCUGCCCGCUUUAUGACCUGGCGUCGUGUGAUCGUUGUGACGUUCCAGUACCGCUUGGGUGUGUUUGGAUUUCUCUCCACGGGAGACCGGGCCGCUUCGGGUAACUUUGGCAUGAAGGAUCAAGUGAUGGCUUUGCGCUGGGUAAAGAAGAACAUCCGUGCGUUCGGCGGUGAUCCCAACCUGGUGACGAUUUUUGGUGAAAGUGCUGGAGGUUCCAGUGUACAGUUCCAGAUGCUCAGUCCACUUAGUCGUGGUCUAUUCCAUCGGGCAGUAAGCAUGAGCGGUAGUGCUAUCUCGAGUUGGAGCGUACCAAUCGAAAAUCCUCUCAUGCUGGCAAGGGCACAGGCGAAAGUGCUCGGCAUAGUGGACGCCAGCGAGCUGUCGACGGAGGAGCUGGUUGAGCAGUUGCGCGAGGUGGAUGCCGUCGAGCUGACACGCAGUACUGAACGGUUAAAGCUAUGGGAUAUUCACCCGAUCACACUGUAUCAUCCGGUGGUGGAGCCUCCGGAGGAACCAGAACCCUUUUUGGCCGAGGAUCCUCGGGCUGCCUGGCGCAGGGGUGCAUAUGCGACCGUUCCUUGGAUGACGGGAAGUAUUCCGAACGAUGGAUCUAUCGUCACACAGACAAUCUACAGGAAUGAUUCACUGGUUGAGGAUUUGAAUUCUAAGUUUGUCAAUCUGUUGCCGCUUAUACUGAGAACUAGCAUCACUAAAGAGAAACUCGCACGGCUAAGAAAACGAUUCCUCAAAAACACUCCUCCCUCGAAGUGGAUUACCAAGGAUAACUACGCUGAGAUCACUAAGGUAAUGUCGGAAGCCUGGUUCCUGUACCCAAUGGUGAGAAGCAUCAAACAACACCACGCCAGCCGGAAGCACACCCCAACCAGUGUGUACUCCUUCCAGUUUCGGGGUCGGUACUCCUUCUCCAAACUGUACACCGGCACGGACACACCGUACGGCAUUACGCAUGCCGAUGAGAUGAUCUACCUUUUCCGUAUGCCACUGCUUUUCCCCGAGUUUCCACCAGGCUCGCCGGAAGCGGAAAUGACCCAACUGUGGGUGAAGUUUUUCGUAGACUUUGCCACACACGACAUAGUUGACAAGGUUGGGACAUGUUAUGGCGAAAAGUGUGAAGUGAUGACGUUUGCAAACACAAACAAUCGAUACUUCCCCGUAAGCAAACGGCUCGUACCAGGAUUAGAUGAAGAGAUGUACAGUUUUUGGAGGAGCUUUUUGGAGGAUAAGUAGCGCCAUUGAUUCGAGAUAAAUGUGAGGGUUAUGGUUUACUGUGCCGCUUACAUGUUCUUAACUUAUUUGUAUUCUAAGUAUUACCCACUACGCGUCAACAUCUACGUGCUAUUGUGACAACGACGUGCCAGGUAUUAAACUUGAAGAAAAUA